AUGGACAAAGGGUAUCACCAGUUUCUACACUUAGUUAAUAGGGUCCUUGAUGUACUCAAAGAUGUUGUUGAUUGUGGGCUGGAUCAGACAUUGGAAGGCGGUGGCAAGGUUGAUCACUCACAAAUGCUCCUUCUUGAGGUGCUGGAUGGUGGUGCAAAGGAUGAAGGGGAUGGAGAGAGCAAGGGCCAGGAUGGCAAGGAAGGUAAGGAGGAGGCCCAGAAGAGCAGUGAGGAGGAGGCUGCUGUUAUCUAUGCUGCACUCCACUGGUCUGGUUAG